AUGGAGGAAGGGCCGCUGACGGAGGUGAUGGCGGUGGUGGGCGGCCAGGCUCUGCUUCCGUGCGACAUCACCGAGCAAGGCGACUAUCCCAUUCUCGUGCUCUUCUACAACGGCGAGACGGGCAAGCCGGUAUACAGCAUCGACUCCCGCGAAGGCACCAUUGGCUCCUCAAUGCACUGGUCGGCGCUGGGGGACCGCGCCCACUUCAACCUUACUUCGACGCCCACCGGCCUGCAUAUCCUGAGGGUCGAAGCGCAGGACCAUCAGGAGUAUCGCUGUCGGGUUGAUUUCAGACGCUCCCCAACCAGGAACCUCCGCGUCAAGCUGGUGGUUGUGGAGCCUCCCCUCAAGCUGCAGGUCUACGAGGCGGGCAUUAGGGAAGUGAAGGAGGUUGUGGGACCCUUCGCUCUAGGCACCAGCGUCACCCUCACCUGCGAGGCCACUGGAGGUCGUCCUCCCCCGCGCGUGACCUGGUGGCACGAGGGAUCACUACUGGACGACCUGACCGAGGAAACACGAGGUCAGGUCAUCUGGAACUCCCUGACCCUGCCUGACCUGACCCGCCAGCACCUGCACCGGGUCAUCACGUGUCAAGCAGCCAACUCCAACCUGACGCUGCCACUCCGCUCAUCCGUCACCCUCGACAUGAACUUCCCGCCGGAGGACGUGGUGAUUCGAGGGCCGAGCACGCCGCUGCGGGAGGGCGACACGCAGGACUUGGUGUGCGAAGCAGGCGGGUCACGUCCCCCAGCCUCCCUUACCUGGUGGCUCCGAGGCAGGCAGCUCCCGGCCCCCCCGACACAGCUUCUGGAGGGCACGGUGACUCGCUCGACGCUAGCCUUCACUCCCUCCAGGCAGAACGACGCCGCCAAGCUCACCUGCAAGGCCCAGAACACAGAGCUGCCCUCCCGCACUCUUGAGGACAGCAUCAUCCUCACUGUUCACUACGCGCCGCGGGUUGAGCUGCGCGCCGGCCAGAACCUCGUCAUGACCAGCAUCAAGGAGGGCGAUGACGUGUAUUUCGAGUGUGUCAUCAGCGCCAACCCGCCCGUCCAGGGACUGCGCUGGCUGCUGCAGGGGGAGCUGCUGCACCACAACCUGUCCGCGGGGGUGAUCCUGGCCAACCAGAGCCUCGUCCUGCAGCGCGUGGGCCGCCACUCCUCGGGCCGCUACACCUGUUCCGCCUCCAACGCCCUGGGCACCGCCACCUCCAAGCCCCUCACCCUCAACGUCAAGUUCCGGCCGGUGUGCGCGGCGCGGCAGCAGUGGACGUACGGCGGUGCGCGCGGCCAGCAGGUGAACGUAACCUGCCAGGUGGACGCCAACCCCGAGGUGGACGCCUUCCGCUGGGCCUUCAACACGUCCACGGAGAUGGUGCACAUCCCGAGGAACCGCAGCCAGGUGCUGGGCAGCCGCAGCAUCAUGGCCUACACGCCCAAGACACACCAUGACUUCGGGACGCUCCUGUGCUGGGCCGACAACGAGGUGGGCGCUCAGCGGCUGCCCUGCGUCUACCUGGUGGUGCCUGCAGCGGUGCCUGAGCCUGUCCACAACUGCAGCGCAUGGCACAACGCCAGCGCCGCCGGGGAGGUGGUGGUGGCGUGCGAGCCUGGCUGGAGCGGCGGCCUGAUGCAGACCUUCUCGCUGGAGGUGCGGCGGGGCGGCUCCGUCGUGGCCUCGCUGGGGCAGCGCGCCGAGCCCUUCUUCACCGUGACGGGCCUGGCGCCGGGCACCGAGUACCAGCUUGCCGUGGUGGCCGUCAACACGCAGGGGACCGCCGCCCCCACACGCCUCACCCACCACACACCCAUCGACGUGGCCGAGAAACGCACCAGCGCCGCCGCUGCCGAGUCCUUCGGCGUCGGCCUGGGCAUGAUGCGUGUGGUGCCCGUGGUGGUGGUGGCGGUGGCGGCGGGCGUAUCGCUGGUGCUGUGCUCGGUGGUGGUGGUGCUGCUGAUCCGCUGCCGCCUCGCCCGCGCCCACGCCCACGCGCACGCCAGGCCCAAGGUGGUGUGUGAGGACGCCGGGUCCCUCACCAAGACCGGCGACGACGGCGGCUUCGACAUGCGCCAGCGAGACCCUGACCUCAUCCUGGUGAAGGCCGGCAAGCGGGAGUCCCAGCCAUCUGCACCCGCCCCACGCCCACCUUCCUACGGAGCAGUUACGAGUGAGCUGACGUCGGUGAGGUCAAACAGCCCCGGGGAGGGAUCACUGGGGCGCGGCAGCCGCACCUCACACUCCCCUCCCGUCGGCGGGGCCACGGGGGCCAUCGUGACCACCGCCGGGAUGGGCAGCACGGCACUUCACACAGUCCCCCGAAUAGCCCGCCCCGUCAUGGCCACGCAGUCCCCGGUGCCCCUGGGUCGGAUGGGCCGGUCAGCCUCGUGCAUAGAGGAGCAAAUGUUACCUCUCACCGCCGCCACCUCUUCCCUGCCCCGCCGCUCCUCCACCCUCGUCCUCCACCCUGAGUUCUUUCCACUCAAUCUGUCGACCAGCAGGGAGAGCUGUGUAUAGUGCGGCGGUUCCCUGCUGGUGUGUUCGUGAGGUAGGUCAGUUAGGUGUUUCGUGGGUCUAUGGCAGUAUUUAGUGUUUCUACCCGUGUCCAGGUGUAUGGGAGAUCGGGAACAGGUGUGGCGGGUCAGGACUUCGGACCACUUUGGCUUCGUGUCUACUUUGGGCAGGUGAGGGUUAAGGCAGAGGUGGAGAGAAGAGGAAGAAAAGCAGAGAUAAACGGAUAUGUAGGAGGAAGAAGACGAGGACGAGGUGGAGUGGGGAAUGAGGUAAAAUGUGGACGAGCGAAGGAGGAAGGAGGAGGGGGAUAGAGAACGAGGAGGUGUGUGUGUGUGUGUGUGUGUGUGUGUGUGUGUGUGUGUGUGUGUGUGUGUGUGUAAAAGUCAUGCCGUAUCAGAAAAUCAUUAGUGUGUGUGUGUGUGUGUGUGUGUGUGUGUGUGUGUGUGUGUGUGUGUGUGUGUG